AUUCCGGUAAUUCCGAAGUUAAAGAAGGUCGCUUCCUUGUCCCUUGCUUCCCUCUCUUCCUCUCGUUGAGGUUUAAUGGCAUUGGACUCUGAUCUCUUCAUCAGAUCCUCGUUUCUCUCUUUCUUUUCCUCUCCUUUUCAUUUCGCUCCCCUUUCUCCAAGUCAUGCGAUCUCAUACCUCGCCUCUAAAUCACCAGUCCUUCUCUCGUUUGGGGCUCAUCCGAUCCCCGAAACAGCUGAGCUUCACCGGUUUGGUUUCGCCGUCUCGGUGUCGCUCCGGUGUUUCUACUCCGUGUUAUGCUCUCAAGUUAAAUGAAUCAAUUGUGCGGAAACGCGGAUACUCCUUUCGGCAUGCCGUUAUUCAAGUUAGCGCCGCUGAUGAGGAUUCGUAUGAUAUUUCUUCACUAUAUGAGUGGGAUGAUACUGGAGCUGAUGGAUACUUGCUUUCGUCAAGUGAUGGUGAAGAAAGCGAUGUGGACAUUGUAUUGAACCCGGUGAGUGAUCUUGAUCUGCCUACUGCAACAAGAGUGUCCAACGAUGAUGCCCUAACAUUGGCUGCUCACAGGCUUGCAAUGAUUGGCAGGGGGCAUAGAAGACAUAGGAUCUUCCUAGGGGUGUUACUCAACUUGGGGCUUGUAAUCUUCUUGACGGUGCUUCUUCUGUUUGUGGAUUGUUGGGGGUGGAAAAUUGUCAGACUACCCUUGGAACCAUUCUACUUGACUCGUCCCUUUCUCUUAUCUGCAUUUAUAGCAACCUUUGUUGGUUAUGUUUGCAUUCCAAUGCUCAAAAGUCUAAGGUUUCAUGAGAUCAUCAGGAAAGAAGAGCCUGCAAGGCACUCCAGAAAGAAAAGAACCCCAACAAUGGGUGGCCUGUUUUUUGUACCUGUUGGUAUCUGUGUCGCAAAGGCCAUUGUUGGUUUUUCUUCUGUCGAAGUUUCAGGUGCGGCAGUGGCAACACUUUCAUUUGCUGCAAUUGGGCUACUUGAUGACAUCUUAAGCCUAAUUAAGCAAGAUAAUAGUGGCUUGUCUCCAUGGCUAACACUACUUUUGGAGGCAUUUAUUGGAAUCUGGUUUUCAUUCUGGUUGGAUGUUGCAAGUUUAUCAUCCCCCUAUGGCAUGAAAAUGUUGGUUCCUCUUCCUGCACCACUGGGCCUUUUAUGCUUGGGAAAAUGUUAUCUCUGGUUGACUUCAUUUUGUUUUGUUUCCAUGGGCAAUGGGGUUAACUUAACAGAUGGUCUUGAUGGACUGGCUGGUGGAACUGCUGCUUUGGCUUUUAUUGGAAUGUCAAUUGCAGUGCUUGCCAUAUAUCCUGGUCAGUGUAGAUUUGUCGUGAACAAGCAUAUAAUUAUGGCAGGGGAGGAUUGAUUUCAUCUUAGUGUCAUUUCAUGAUUUGCAACAUAUAUUUACUCUUAUGUGUAGAGAUUAUACCUGAUGAGUGAUUUAAAAAGCAGUUAUUUUUUGGGUCAUUGGUGUAGUAAUAAGAGAGAGUGGCCAAGAGUCUGCGUUUGAGUUAAUAUCUUUAGUAGGACUGUUCUGUUGGCAGUAAAGCAAACAUUGUUAUUAUUUGGCUGCAGAACAAACUUGUGUUGUACUU